UUUAGACUCAGUGACGGCGUGUCAAUGGCCGCAGAUACAUCCGACUGGAAGGGUCUGAGAUACAAACCAACGCUGCUCUAUGGCGAGUACCAGGAGCAACAAAGAGGUCCCGGUGAGCGGGAGGCCAGGCGACUGCUGACGGAGCAACAAAUCAAAAAGCAUGGCCACCAUCCUAAGGCCCGUCUGCAUGGGUUUAGCCGCGGGAGUCAAAAUGGCUUCCAGGGCCACCGACGCAGCUUCCAGCAGAAUUGGCAGAAGAAGCGGCGGCAGUCAGGCGUGGCGGCAGACGCUGCCGAGGAUCCAAGUUCCGAGUCUAAACUAAGUUCCUCAAUAAAGAACAGACGCACCUACCCCAAGUGUAGAGAUUGCGUCGUGCAUGUGCAGAACUUCCUGGUGAACCGGGUUGGAGAAGACUGGAUCUUCUUGGUCCUUCUCGGCAUCACCAUGGCACUCGUGAGCUGGACCAUGGACUACGCCAGCGCCAAGAGUCUGCAAGCCUACAAGUGGAUCCACGACCAGCUGAGCGAGAACGUCCCCAUGCAGUUUGUGGCCUGGGUAUCCUACCCGAUGGUCCUCAUCCUCUUCUCUUCUGUCUUCUGUCAGCUAAUCGCUCCUCAAGCUGUCGGUUCAGGCAUCCCAGAGCUGAAGACCAUCUUGAGAGGUGUGGUCCUGAAGGAGUAUCUGACCUUAAGGGCCUUUGUUGCUAAGGUUAUUGGUCUGACGGCCACGCUGGGCAGCGGCAUGCCGGUUGGCAAAGAGGGUCCGUUUGUGCACAUCGCCAGUAUCUGUGCCGCCGUGCUCUGCAGGUUCAUGUCUUUCUUUUCUGACAUCUACCAGAACCCGAACUGUUACGCCGACAUCUUGACAGUGGGCUGCGCUGUAGGAGUGGGCUGCUGUUUCGGAACGCCACUUGGAGGUGUGCUCUUCAGCAUCGAGGUCACGUCCACCUACUUUGCCGUCAGAAACUAUUGGAGGGGAUAUUUUGCCGCCACAUUCAGUGCCUUCAUAUUCAGAGUUUUAUCCGUCUUCAACAAAGAUGCUGGCACCAUCACUGCUCUCUUCAGGACAAACUUCAGACUGGAUUUCCCCUUUGACCUCCAGGAGCUUCCUGCCUUUGCUAUCAUUGGCAUCACCUGCGGGUUCCUGGGGGCGUUCUUUGUCUACCUCAACAGACAGGUGGUGCAGCUGAUGAGACGGCCCAACACCGUCACACGUUUCCUCAACAAACACCGUCUGGUCUUUCCUGCCGGGGUCACCCUGCUGAUCGCCACGCUGACCUUCCCUGCCGGGUUCGGACAGUUCAUGGCCGGAGAGCUGAUGCCCAGGGAUUGCAUCAACUCUCUGUUUGACAACUACACUUGGACUAAGAUCUCCACGUCGCCACCAGCCGGCCUGGGCCUGUCCAGGGCGUGGCUUCACCCCGACGUCAGCGUCUUCGUCGUCUUGCUGCUCUUCUUCCUCAUGAAGUUUUGGAUGUCGGCGGUGGCGACAGCCAUGCCCGUCCCGUCUGGAGCCUUCAUGCCCGUCUUCAUCCUGGGGGCCGCCUUUGGCCGCUUGGUGGGGGAGGUCAUGGCCGCCAUCUUUCCUCAGGGCAUCGUCUUUGACGGCAUCCUUUACCGCAUCAUCCCUGGAGGUUACGCUGUCAUUGGGGCGGCGGCCUUGAGCGGGGCAGUGACCCACACGGUGUCCACCGCGGUGAUCUGCUUCGAGCUGACGGGUCAGAUCUCCCACGUGCUGCCCAUGAUGGUGGCGGUGAUCCUGGCCAACAUGGUGGCUCAGGGCCUGCAGCCCUCGCUCUACGACUCCAUCAUUCAGGUCAAGAAGCUGCCAUACCUGCCCGAGCUCGGCUUCCGUCACGUCAGCCUCUACAACAUCUUUGUGGAGGACAUCAUGGUGAAGGAGGUGAAGUCCAUCUCCUGUCAGUCCACCUACAGGGAAGUCCAACUCUUGCUCGACUCGUCCUCGCUGGAAACCAUCCCUCUGGUCGCCUCCAAAGACUCGAUGAUCCUGCUGGGAAGCAUUGACCGUGUGGAGCUGCUGGCGCUCUGCGAUUGGUGGUUGUCGCCCGAGAGACGCCACCUGAUGCAGGUGAUCGUCAGGUUCCGUCCCGGUCCCGACCAGAGGAAGGAUAUUCCAUCGCCCACAAUCAGCAGGGAACAGGAGGGCGACAAGGGGGGCGCCGUUCGACCGGAGAGGAACGGUCCACUUCCUCCUGGCGGACAUCAGGACUCCUACUCCACUCUUCCACUUCCUGACAAACGUGUGAGGCGAACACUCAGGAGCUUCUUCAGCCUGCAGCAAGGCCGUGCAGAGCGUUCCCUUCAGGAGCCCCGCCCCCCUCUUGGUUCAAUCACCACGUCACCAGAAGAAGUCAAAGCGUGGGAAGAGGCAGAGAUGGACAAGCCGAUGGAGAUCGAUGAGAUCCGAGUCGACCCCUCCCCCUUCCAACUGGUGGAGAGAACGUCGCUGCAAAAGACGCACACGCUCUUCUCCCUGCUGGGCCUAAGCCACGCCUACGUGACCAGCAUUGGCAAGCUGGUGGGCGUGGUGGCAUUGAAGGAGCUCCAGAAGGCCAUAGAGGGCUCCUCCCACUCCGGCGUGCGGCUACGCCCUCCGCUCGCCAGCCUCCACAAGAUAAGCAGCCAUAACGCUGUCUCAAGCCCCACCCUUUCCUCAUGCUCCGCCCCUUCUUCGCCGGGCGCCACAAGCCCCACCAACCAACCGCACACAUACCUCGGCGAAGGCGGGGUGGAGACGUGCCAGGUGGACUGA